UUCAUUCGCUCAUUCAUUCACCAUCGUCCAUUCCUUAUGCCUUGAUUUACGGCCAACUUUGUCGCCCACCACUUCACUUCGUACAUUAGCGGCUUCUCCCGGUUCUUAUGUCUACACGACUUCCCUACGACGAAUUGAUAGGAAACAGUACCUGGUAGACUAGCUAGCUAUUCUAGUGACGUUUUUAGUCGCGCAUAUCUACGAUAUCUACACUCGUUCCACCGGCGUACAACUAUUCCGACCCCCGGUCGAAGGCGGGAGAUCCGGAAAUUAGAUACAAUAACCACGAAUACUGCUAUCAGCCUCUUACAUAUUCCCCAGACUACACGAUUACUGAGCGAGUGAGCAGUACAGCAAUCCGCUCUUAUCAUCGGCAUCAUGGAUUACGCCGCUGUUGCAAUUAGGUUCGGCAGGAUAGCCAGGCAUCUCGUCAUCCGCGAUGACAAAGAAAAAGACUGCCAUCCGCAGCCCAACAUCGAUCUCUGCGAAAAGCCGGCAACCUCGGACAAGACCACCCCGAUCACCAUCGGCGUCAUCGCAGGAAUUAUCGUCGUAGGCCUGGCCGUUGUGAUAACAUUCCUGCACUUCCGCCGAAAACGCAGAGACGAGAAGGAAUGGCCUAAGAAUAAUCAGGAACUCGAGGACUACGGCUUCAUAGAUCCGUCGUCUACCGUGCGCCAACCGCAAUCCGCCCACCAUAACCCGCAGGCGCAGCAGCAACAGCAGCAGCGAGACCAGUAUCAGCACUACGACGACAGUCCCGAUAGAGGAGGCUUCAACAAGCCGCCGCGCAACGACCUGGAUGACUUGGAGCGCUCGCUGCGAGGUGGCGGGCAGACGACGGGUGCCUUUCGACGGCAGAACGAGCAGGUCUCGGGGGAUAUGAAGCCCGUGGAACCGACGGAUCGGAUAUGAGGCACGGUUUCGUGUUGCGAUGUAUUUCUAUAAGAGGGAAAGGAGAGAUGAUGAUGGAGCGGAUGCGAUUAUGCGAUGUUUACAUGAGCCUUCUAGCGCGGAGUUUUGUGUCUUCGGUACUCGAUGUCCCUUGCGCCUUGUUAGUCUGAGUUCGAGCGAACUUGCUGGUCUACUAUCCGAUCUGGGCGAAUGGAUCCGUCAUUGGGGAAGCCUAUAUGCAGACCCUUAAAGCCCGUUGUCGCUAGCUCUUGAUGGUGCUCGAAUCAAAUAAUGUGAU